CAAGUUUACACUGUAGAAGCUAAUCCUUAUGGAAUUCCAAUUUUCUUUCUUACUUCUUAUUCCAUUCCUCUUGCUCUUCCUGAUCUUGUUGCUUCGGCUCGCAAAGCCAAAAGACAAAGCUAAAAAGACCCAAAUCCCAGGGCCAUGGAAGCUUCCUAUACUGGGAAACCUUCAUCAGCUAGCAAGCCAUUCACUUCCACAUCAUGCCCUUCGAGAACUUUCCCUCAAACACGGACCUUUCAUGCAUCUUCAACUUGGUGAGAUUUCUGCAGUGAUAAUAUCAUCUCCUGAUUUGGCUAAAGAGAUCAUGAAGACCCAUGAUCUUGCCUUUGUUCAGAGGCCUCAAACUUUCAGUGCUCAGAUUCUUUCUUAUGGAGCAACCGAUAUUGCUUUUGCCCCUUACGGUGAUUACUGGAGACAGAUGAGAAAAAUAUGUACUCUUGAGCUCUUAAGUGCCAAGAAAGUUCAAUCCUUCUCAUGUAUACGACAAGAUGAGGUAUCUAAGCUGAUAGAGUCAAUUCAAUCAUCAGUAGGUUCGGUUUUCGAUCUUACAAGCAAGGUUUACUCUUUAACAAGUUCUAUAGUCAGGAGGGUAGCAUUUGGAGACGAGCGUGAAUAUGGAGAAGAGCUUGUGCAAUUGCUCCACACAGCGUUAGAACAAUUGGCCAGGUUUCAGUUUGCUGAUUUGUUUCCUUCAAUGAAACUUGUUCAUCUCAUGAUUGGAAUGGACGCAAAGCUAGUGAAGAUUCACAAGAAAUUUGACAAGGUUUUAGAGGAUAUUCUCCAGGAGAAUCAAAAGAAGUAUAUGAGAGCAGAAGCAGGUCAGAGUGCCUUGGGAGAAGAAAAUCUUGUUCAGGUUCUUCUAAGAAUUCAGCAUAGUGAAAGUCUUGACAUCCCCAUUACAACCGACAACAUUAAAGCUGUUAUUUCGGAUAUGUUUAGUGGUGGAACUGAUACUUCAGCAACAGUAUUAGAAUGGGCCAUGUCAGAAAUGAUGAGAAAUCCAAAAGUGAUGAACAAGGCACAAGCUGAGGUUAGAAAUGCUUGUAGAGGAAAGAAAGUAAUUGGUGAUAGUGACAUGAUACAACUUAGUUACUUAAAAUCAGUAAUCAAAGAAACUUUGAGGCUGCACCCGCCAGUUCCUUUAUUGGUCCCAAGAGAAUGCAGAGAAACAUGUCAGAUUAAUGGGUAUGAAAUACCCAUCAAAACUCAAGUCAUAAUAAAUGCAUGGGCACUUGGAAGAGAUCCAAAUUACUGGUAUGAUGCUGAGAGGUUUAUACCAGAGAGGUUCCAAGGAAACUCUGAUAUUGAUUUCAGAGGAACAAACUUUGAGUACAUCCCUUUUGGAGCAGGAAGAAGAAUGUGUCCAGGAAUUUCAUUUGGUUUAGCAAGCAUUGAGCUUCCUCUAGCUAGCUUAUUGUACCACUUUGACUGGGAACUCACAAAUGGGAUGAAACCAGAAGAUUUAGACAUGACUGAAACUUUUGCCACUACAGCUAGAAGGAAAAAUAAUCUGUGUUUGAUCCCCACACCAUAUAUUGAUCCUCUUCUUGGCAUUUCCAAAUGAAGUACCUAGCUUUCUAUUUGUCUAUCUAUCUAUUUACCUGCACAAAUUUCAAGAUGCACUAGCUAGAUUUUGUUAUCAGACUUAUAUCCAGUGGCUUUUGCAAAUAUGAAUUUUGCAAGGGUUAGAAACUUAAGUCCCAAUCUUCGAAAAUGUAUUAGUCAGAAAGGUGAAAAUAAUGAUGACAAUUUCUGCAAAAUGCUGAGUCAUAUAUGGCAAAUAAUUGUUGUAUUUCUUAGUUUGAAUAGUAAUGACACCAGAUAUCAAAGUGCUUUCA